AUGUCCCACGUGUCGGGUCCACGUGCUCAUGCUGACGCCCCUCUACUGGUCUUCAUGCCGAACCAAAGUCCCAUAACUGUCCUGGACCUGAUUCUGCCAUUUCUGCAUGCCAAUGGGAUGCGCAGACCCUCAUUUAAUCAACACCCCUCAGUCCCUCUGCAUGAACACUCCCUGGUCGGCAUGAGGAGGAUGCUGUGUCACAGUUUAAGGAACCUCAAUAAGAAAGAAGGACUUUUUCUGGUGGGAUCUCACACUUUUAAUCAGAUGUCCUCGGGCCAUUUUAGUAAAGUUGUUAAGCUGCACGUCUCAUUUACAGAAACCAAAGUCCACCUGCUCAAUUUUGAUCUUUGGCACCUUGUCUCUACUUUCUCCUCCUGUCCCGCUCUUACAACAAAGGCAAAAAAAGAGACAUUUUUUGAGUAA